AUGAUUCUUGUGCCCACUUAUUUUUUCUUUAAUAUUUUUAUCAUAAUUUUUUCUCUAAUUCAACUUCUAAUAGGAAUUGCUGGAAACCUAUUAAUUAUGGCAGUCAAUUGUAGGACCUGGAUCCAAAGUAAAAACUUUUCUUCUUUUGAUAUGAUUCUGUGUAGUCUCUCCAUUACCAGAUGUCUAUGUCUGUGUCUAAUGUUCCUGCACUUAAUGUUAAGCUUAAUUUUUUUAGAAAGUAAAUACCCUGAAUUUAUGGCUCUUAUAAUUUUGAAUGCUUGGAUAUUCUUGGAUUCCUGGAGCCUCUGGAUUGUGACUUUGCUCAACGCCUUUUAUUGUGUGAAGAUUGCCAGCUUCAACCAUUCUUUAUUUCUCUGGCUAAAGAGAAAUCUAUCCAUGAAGACACCCUGGCUGUUGCUAGCAUGUCUACUGGUUCCUCUCUUUUCACAUUUUCUGUCUCUUUUGAUCAGCAAAAUCCCUAAUCCCUUUCAGGAGAAUGUGAGUAACAGCACCAUGGUCAGCACCAGAGACUCCAUCUUCCUUAUGGUGGCUCCUGUAAUACUGAGCUUCAGCCUCCAGUUCAUCAUCAAUUUGGUUUCCUGUUCCCUGUUAAUCUCUUCUCUGAGGAAGCAUAUGCAGAAGAUGCAGAAAAAUGCCAACAGCUUUUGGAAUCCCCAGACUAAAGCUCAUGUAGGUGCUAUGAAAGUUAUGAUUUAUUUUCUUAUUCUUUAUAUUCCUUACUCCAUUGCUCGACUGAUUGUCUUUCUCCCUUCCCUUGGAAUAAAAAAUUUUUGGCUCAGAGGCAUAUUGACGGUAGUUAACUGUUCUUACUCUCCAGGACAUACCAUCUUCAUUAUUCUAUUGCACCCUAAACUCAAAGCAAGAGUUAAGAACAUUCUAUGGUGCAACUGA